AUGUCUCAACGCCAACAAUGGUUUUUCCCCGCGCCUCCAAAGAGCCAGACGCAAAACUCCAAUGCGGCUCCGCUUCUGGUUCCAUCAACUUCUCAAGUUUUGAACAAGCGCCGCAUCAGCGAGCGCACCAAGGCAGCAGCUGAAGUUGAAGAAACCUCUUCAAAGCACGUCAAAACCACGCCGGCGACCAAAACAAAGCAAAUCACUUCUGUAAAGAAAGCGAAGCAAACCCAACCGACCUCCGGCAAAUCGAAGAGUCAAGCAAGCAAGGCAAAUCAAUCUACCAAAGGUAAACAACGCAAGGUUACGCCGCCUCGUACUCCGACUCCCACACCCACUCCCUCACACAACCGUGAUCGUGAAGGUUUGCGUGAGGCUACUGCACCUCGAUCUGAUGGGGGAAAAGAAACCCAACUCAAACUCGAUCAGUUUCAUGGUCUUCUUGGACCGGAGCCUAUGGGUGAUAUUCGAGGCCGCCACGAGUAUGGAGAAGAUGAUUACGUCGACAAGCACGGCAAUGAUCUUCACCCCAUCACCGACAACUCGGGCCAACAAUGUCGUAUAAUACCUUGUGGCUUUGCCCCUUUGCAGGGUUCAAGACUACAGAGUUUCAACUACUACACUCAACGUGCGCACCUCGACAAUCAUCACUUAGCAUUUGGACGGCAGUUAUGCAACAUAAGUCUAUCAAAUCGCCAACAUAUGACCUCCAUACAGAACGAACUCACCCGCCAAAUCACUGGGCUAAGGGAUCUUGUUUCUAAAAUGCCUGCUGGCGCGGCUAGUACUGGUACUGCAGCGGCAGCUGCACCAUGGCUUUCCAAAGAAGAUUCUAUAGAACUCCGGAUUGCGACCAAGAACAUCUUGCGAGGUGACCUGCAGGCGUAUACUGCAACUAAAGACAAGCUGGGAGACAAGAUCACAUUACCCUUGUCUCUUUAUGCUACGGUCAUGGAUUCAAUCAUGUCGAAUCCUGACAAGUGGAAGAAACGGUUGCUGCCACCUGGGUACGGCAAGAAUCCCAAAGUCACUCAUGUCAAAUCAUACAAGACUCUUGUCAAUAAUGGACUGAAGGAAGUACGAAAAGAGUUUGAAGGCAUUCUUCUUGAGAAUAUCAACUUGCCAAGUCAAAAUGCCAGCACGGGUGUUGGGCCUAUACCCACACUCAAUGGAAUUAUCGCCAAUAGUUUGGUCAAAUUGGUGGCCGUGUCCCUGUCCGUGACGAAGUCUUUGAACAAGUGGGCCAUUUGCAAAAGGCUUGAUAUGCUUAUCUGGUACGCAAGAUUUUUAAGGAUGAAUUCCUUGAUAAUGAAACUACUAAUGGUGGUUCUUUUUCAGCGGUUGCAAGCCUGCCAUUGGGGCUUUUACAAGGUUGAAUACAAGGACGGUGCAAGCCUGUGGAGCGUUGUCGACAAAAAAUUGGAAUAUUUGCGGGAUCAGUCCAGCAGGUACCGACACGCGUUUGCAAUCCUGUGUUUGACUGAGGACAGCGAGAUAUUUGGCAACAAGAAGACCUUAGAAGAGACCUUAGAGUUGACCUCCUUCCCAGUGCCUGACAAAACCGCUAUCCGUGACGUCAUUAAACAUAUUGACAAAACCUGGGGCAAAACUGUACCAGAGGAAGAGGCUCUUCAUCAAAUAAAAAGACCUGCAGGGAAACAUGAUGGCAAAGAGGACGAGGACAAGCAAGAGGAAGAGGACGAGCAAGAAGAGGACGAGCAAGAGCAAGAGGAAGAGGAAGAGGAAGAGGAAGAGAAUGAGGACAAGGACCAGGACCAGGACCAGGACGAGUAA